AUGAAAAACGCAUAUAUAACAAUGGUAAUUGUGAGUUUGCUCACUUUUGCAAGUUCAAGUAAAUGCUAUAAAAUAUUUAGAGCUAACACUCUAACAAGCAGUCCGUUUGAAUAUGCAAAAUUUGAGUUGCAGAGACUUAGAUGAAAUAAAUAUAAUGAUUUCUGAUACAAUUUAGUGGAAAGAAGCAAUUGAAUUAAAUAAUUAAUUGGGAGAUGAUCUAAAUGGAUUAUUAGAGGUUGAGAAGAUUGUUAAAAAUACAAAACAAUAGCUAUUGCAUUAAUAAUCAUUAAUUGAAAUUGAAAUGCCUGCUAAAUAAGACUUCUAAGCUAAAUUUGAGAUAGAUCUUGCAAAAAUAAUGAAGUUAAUGUAAUAAAUGAAUUAAAAGUAAUCUAAAAAAGAGAAAUUAGAUCUAUUAACUGAAAUUGAUGUUUGCAUUUAAGCAACUAAAUAAAAAAUGUAAUCAAUAUUAUCUCAAUCAUCAAAAGCUACCGAAUAUGAUGUAGAGUAGCUGAUUUCUAAUUUAAAAUAGUUAUUGUAUAUAAAACAAUAAUGUUAAAAUCAAUAACAAGAAAGUUAAUAUCAAAUUGGAAGAAAUAAUAAGCAUUAUAAGCCAUACAGUUAUGAUGAAUAUGAUUUAGAAGAUUAUGAUGAUCCUAUUAAAUAAGUUCUUUAUGAUAGCAGUGAUUAUGAUUAUGAUUACAGUAAUUAUUAUGAUUAUGACAAUUAUGAUUAUGCGAGAUUGUAAAAAAGUAAAUCAAAAAAACAAACUAAUUAAAGAGUGAGAAAAGAUUCCAAAUCAUAUAAAUAAUAAAAAUAGCCUAAGAUAAAAAGGUAAAUUAAAAAGAAAAGAGAAUAAGUAUUUGAUUAGCCUGAAAUUUAAGUACAAUAAUCAAGAGAUAGUGAUCAAUAAUAGUAUGAUUAAGAUUUUUAAUAAUCAAAUUAAAAAUAUCAAGAUCAAUCUUAUUAAUUUAAUGAAGAACAAGAUGAUAAUACUUAGAUUUAAUUAGAGGAGGAAGAUUAAACUUAAGACUCUAAUGAUUAUUAUGUAGCAACUGAUUCAAAACCUUAUGAUGCUCUUGAUCCUGAGAAUUAAUAUAAUAUUAUAUAGGAUUAACAUAUUUUAAAUGAUUAAGAAAUUUAAAAUUAGGAUUAAAGUAAUGAUCAAGAUGAAUUAAAUAGUGAUGGUGAUGAUUAAACUUAAAGUGAGAAUAAUUACCAAGAUUAAGAUGAUUUAGAUUUUUAAGAUAAUUUAAAUGAUGUCUAAGAAGAAUAACAAUACAUUUAAUAGACUGAUUAAGAUUAUUAUGAGGAAGAAACUAUUCAACCAAUCUAGAAUUUAAAAUAAUAAAGGUUUAUUAACUUGAAUAAUGAUGAUUAUGAUUAUUAAUAGGAUGUUGAUUAUCAAAUUGAACAGGAAAGUAGAUCAAAAGAUACAGGAACUAAAUAAGAAUCUUAAUCUUCAACUUUAGAUGAAUAGGAUAACAUCGAUAAUGUAAAAGAAAAUGAUGAAUAAACUAAUUAAGUGAUAACUGAUGAAGUUAAGUUAGUGGACCCUGAAUAAUCAGAGUAUCAAAAUAUUUAAAAUGGUUAAAAUGAAUUAAAAUAAUCUUAAAAUUAAAGUGAUCAACAAGUUCAAACAAAAUAAUCUUAAAAUUAAAAAGAGGAACAAGUUUAAAAUUUAUAAAGUGAUUAAUAAUAAAAGAUAAAGGAAGAAUAGAAUAAAUCAAAAGCAUUAUUAAAUCAUAUGUAAGAUGGAUAAAUAGAAACUCAUGAAGAUUUUAAAGCAAUACCAGACUCAGUAAAGUAAUCUACUUAAAUUAAGGCAUAAGCAGAAGAAUCUAAUUUAAAUGAUUAAAAAUAACAAUCAUAAUCCUAAGAAUUAAAAUAAUAGCCAGUAUAGGAGAUAUCACAAUAAUAAUAAUAGCCAAAUUAGUAAUAAUCAUAAUAAUAACCAGUAUAGUAAAAAUCAUAAGAAUAGCCUAUUAAUAAUAUUGAACAACAAUAAUAAAAUAAUCAGUAAACUUCUGCAUAAAACAUAUCUUAACCUUAAACUUAAGUUAUUAAUAAUUAAUAGCCUUAGAUUACAUAAUAAUAAAUUCCAGAAUCAACUAAUUAAUAGCCUUAGGCUUAAUAAAUUCCACAAUCAACAUAGUCUUAAGCUUAAUAAUAAUCAAUUCCAGAAUCAACUAAUUAAUAAGCUGAAUAAUAAUAAAUAUAAUAGGUUAAUUAAUAGGCCUAAUAAUAAGUUUAAGAAGAUAAUCCUUAAUAGAAGUAAUAGUAAUAAGGAGAAUAGCAACAAGUGUCAUAGUAAACUUCAGAUCAAAAUUAAACUGAAAAAAAAUCAUCAUUAUAAGAAUAAAUUGAAUAAUAAUAACAAUAAUAAUAAUAACAAUAAUAAUAAUAACAAUAAUAAUAAUAACAAUAAUAAUAAUAAUAAUAAUAAUAAUAAUAAUAAUAAUAAUAAUAAUAAUAAUAAUAAUAAUAAUAAUAAUAACAAUAAUAAUAAUAAUAAUAAUAAUAAUAAUAAUAAUAAGAAUAAUAAGAAUAAUUACCUCUAUAGUAAGAAUAAGAUCAGUAGAAAGAAUAAUAAUAAAAUUAAUAAGCAAGUCCAUAAGAAUCUUCAGAAUAAUAGUAAGAUAAUAAUUAAUAAAAAAAUGUACUUGACACAAAUAAUGAACCUGAAAAUUAAAAGUAGGAUGAAACUUCCUAAAAUUCCCCUAUAGGUAUUGAUACAAGUGAACUUGAUCAUCAAAAAUAGGUUGAAUAAAAGCCAUUAUUACCUACUGAAUUAAUAAGAGAUAACUAAGCUUAAGUGCCAACAAAAGGACUUGAUGAAAAUCCUGAUUAAUUAAUAGACCCAGUAAAAUUUAUUCCAUUCAAACAUAAACCACUACAAAGUACUGCAAAUAUUUUAGUGAGAUAAUCAAAAUUUUAUGAUUCAACAGUUGAAGGGAAAGAAUCCUAUGAGAUUCAGUUUUCGAAUAAGGAAUUGUAAGACUCAGAAGAGUAUGGAUAUGGAUAUUGGUUAAAAUAUUAGAGCAAUCUUGAGUACAAGAUGCAGAAAAACUAAUACCAUUUUUUGUCUAGAUUAACAUCUUUGAAAGAUUUUUUGGAUUUUCAGAAUUAUGGAGAUAGAACAUUAGCUAAUUUUUUGUUUGACAAUACAUUUGUAUUUGCCACAUAUGAUUAUGUAGGAAGAGAAAAGAAUAAGGUGGGAUAGAUAAGUUUGAAUUAAAAUAUAGAUGGUAGAUGGUAUUUUGUGUCAUUCUCGUAUAGUAGUCGUAAAUAGAAGUCAGUAGGAUUUGUUUUAUAGUAUGGUAAAGGUAGAGAGUUUUAAAGAGUUGAGAUUCCAUGUACACAUGCACCUCCGUUUUAUAUGUCAAUGAUAGUAGGAGGGAAGCAUUUACAUUAUCCAGGAUUACAAGGCUAAUUUGCUAAUAUUUUUUAUGAUAUAGAAGCACCUGCAUUAAUUGAUAAUGAAUAAGAAUUAUUCAAUUUAGUAGAGACAAUGUCUUUUAUGCCAUAAGGAUUAAAGACAUAUCAUGAGGAAAUGAUAGUUGGACCACCAGUAGAUAUGGAUGGAAAUACAAAUUGCAAUUAUGAAAAAGGAUUUAAAGAUUCAUUUAUUUAUGAACAUUAUGCAAUCGCAGGUUGGUUUAGAUGGGUUGACAAUUUAGAUGUGAGAGAGUUGAAUUCAUUUUAAAUUAUGAAUUUAAGAUCUAAUAAAUAGAGAGUAAAAGAAAAGAGAGAAUUAGGAGAUAGAGCUUUGGAAAUUCAUUUUAUUAGAGGAUUGUCAAAUGUAGGAUUGAAUUUUCAUACUUAUUCUGUUGUUGGAAAUGAAGGUAAAGGAAGUGAAAUGAUUAUAAAAUCAGUUCCAUAUUCAACAAAUGUAUGGACAUAUGUUUACUUUGGAUUUAAUUAAGAAGAGAAAAAAGCAUAAGGAAUUAUGAUUAGAGUAGGAGUAAAUGAAGAAGUAUUUUUUGAAGGACUUGAACACAAAAAUACUAAUUCAUUAUAUUUUACUUUAGGGGGAGAUUAGACUGUAGCUUCAUUUAAUGGUAAAGUAUCAUAGGUUGGAGUUUAUUUGGGACCUGAGAGUUAUGCCAAAUCUAAAAAAUUAGAUUAUAAUUUUGGAUAUGGAGAAGGAGCUGUAAGAUUAUUUUAGUUGGUUAAACCAUUAAUUUUGAGAGGUUAAAAAGAUUAAUAUGAGAUAUCAUUUGAUUAAAAAGAAUCAUUAAUUAAUUAGAUUUUAAUUUAAGAUGAUAGCAAUAUUAGAAUUAAUGGAUUAAGUGAGUAUUCGAUAGGAUUAUGGACAUGUUGGUUAAGCAGUUUACCUAAGUUUAUUGGAACUAGAAGUGAUCUUCAUUAGAUUGUCAGAAUGGGAACUUAGAGUAAAUUGUUGGAAUUAAAAGAUAAUAAGUUAAUCUAAAGUGUUAAUGGAUAAAUUAAUUCUGAUAUCAAAGACACGACACUUUAAAUUAGAUUGGCCAAAUAAGAGUACGAAUUCUCUACUUAUAAUCUUGUUUCAAAUGAUAUUAAAAAGGGUGUGAUUCCUUUAGACUCUUAAUUAGAAGGAUCCUGGAAUUACAUAUCCUUAUCAUAUAAAAGAAUGAACAAUAAUAUGGGUUUGGCUAAAGGAUAUGUUUAAUUUGGUAUUGGAGGAUAAGUUAAAGAAUGUUCUAUUGAAGUCUUACAUGAUUACAUUUUAGAAUAUGUUGAGUUGAAUGUUGGAAAAUCAAAUAUUCCUUAAUUUAAUGGUAAACUUGCUCAUGUUUAGAUGAGAUUGGGAAAUGGAGCAUUUAUUGUUGAUCUUGCAUAAUAUUAGUCCUUUUAAUUGUUGGAAAAACCUCUCUAAGGAAUUGUAUCAGCUGUUCGUAAGAGUGUUUAAUUACUUGGGUAAGAAACUGAUAUGAUUAAAGUAUAAGAAAAUCAAAAUGUAUUUGAGUAUUCAGAAUAUGCUGGUGUAAAUGAAUAUUCAUUAUCUGGAUGGUUAAAAUGGGGAGGAGAUUAGAAAUAAGGAGGAUUGUUUAGUGUAUUAAUGAUGGUUUAGAAGAAGUAAUAAGAUAUUAAACAAGGAUAGAGUGAUAGUCAAUUGUAUGUUUAAAGAACAGAUAAGGAUUUCAUCUUUGGAACAUAUAAUUGUAAUGGAGAAGACUGUUCAUAAUCUUAAGAGAAGAAUAUAGAAUUUAAUGAGUAUUAUAAUCAAUGGACAUUUAUUUAUAUAGGUUAUACUUAGAAAUAGAAAAAGUUAUUUGGAUUAUGCAAGUUCACUUUUAAUUAAUAAUAGUAGACAUUUUAAGAGAUAAAUAGAAUAUUGUUGUCAACAUUUAGUGUAUUUUUAGGAAAGAGGUAUCAAUUGGCAAACCAAUGGUUGGGUUAGAUGAAAUAAUGGGUAUUGAAUGUAGGAGAUGGAUCAUAUUUAGAAAGUGGAUAUGAAUAAAGUGAAACAGUGGAAUUAAACUUUGGAUUUAACAGUGGAACAGAUCAUUUGAAAUUAUAGACAGCAAACCAAGAAAUAGAUCAUAGUGAUAAAGUAAUAGAUUCAUAAGCAGAUAAAUAAAAUAUUCCAUGGAUGAUUGAAUUGAAUGAGCAAUCAAAUGUUAAAAUAGAAGGAGUGAGUUCAUAUGGUUAUGGAAUGUGGAUAAGAUUCAGAUUUUAUGGAUCCAGUAUUUUAUACAGUUAACCUAAAUGGAUGGGAUUGAGUAGAUUGACAACAAAUAGAGAAUAUAGAGAUGCAGAUGCAGUUGGUGAUAGAGUUUUGAUGAUUCUAUUUGGUAAAGGAGAAGAUGAAAAGUCACAAGGCAUUUUUUAAUUUUCAACUUAUACAAUUGGAUAACCAAAUAUAUUCAGUAAUCUCUAAUAUUAAAUGGAAUAUGAAUCUGAAUGGGUGUAUAUCUAUUACAGUUACAAACGCAUCUCUCAAACUCAAGGUGUGGCUAUGGGAUAUACUGGAAGAAUGGAUAUUGUAGAUGAAUUAAAAAUAGAUGCUUUACACAAUCCUAUUAACAAUUAUGCUCAACUUACUAUUGGCCACAGUGGCAAAUAUUAUCCAAACUUUAAUGGAUAGUUGACAGGUAUCAAAUUUAGAUUAGGUAUGGGUGCAUAUAUUGACACUAAGAAUGACAUUUUAUAAAGAAUGAAGAACACAGAUUUAAUGCCUUCUCUACCUUAUGAUGUUUCUCAUAAAUAUACAAUUAUUGAUGGAAAAAUUGACAAUUACAAAGUUAUUCCGAAUAAUCCAUAAAUGAUUGAUUUUCCAGCUAAUGAAUAUUCUUUGGCUUUGUGGUACAAACAAUUCCAAAAAAUUAAUGACAACAAAGAAACUGUUGUUCGAGUUACUUAAAACCCUAUUGGUAAAGUAUCCGAUUCCUCUUGGAUUGGUGACAGAACUCUUGCUUUCUUCAAAAUUAAUAAAGACAAUAUGGAAUUCUCUACAUAUACCAUUUUAAAAGGUAUGAACUUUGGUAUCCCAUACAAUUGCUAAAUACCAGAACUUAGUCAACAUAAUUGGUCAUUCAUUUAUAUGGGAUAUAGCAAAACCAAAUCUAAGUUUUAUUAUUAUCUAUCUGUUGAUGAAUAUAUCUGUAAAAGUGAAGAAAUCAUAUUACAUGCUAUUAGUGAUAGACUCUGGAUCUAUGUUGGUAGUGAUAACAUUUAACAAAGAUUUGAAGGUAAUCUAGCUUAAAUUGCACUUACUAUUGGCCCAGGAUCUUAUACUAAUAAUAAAAUACCAUUUUUAGCUGAAUAUCUUGUUGCUGAUAAACUAUUUCCUAAGUAAAAGAAAAUUUCCUGGGAAAAAAAUGAAUAAAUAUACUUAACCUCAGAUGGUGAUGAAACAAUUAGUUCUCUCAAAGUUGAAUUAUUUAAUGGAUUCUAAUAUCCAUUUGAUUAGAUGACAGAGUAUGCAUAUGGUAUGUGGACUCGUUAUCUCACUACUAUUCCAACAAGAUAACUUUCAAAACCAGCUUUAAUGUAAUUAGCAAGGUUGUCAACAAAUAAAAUAACGACAGAUGGUGAAAUAAAAACAGGAGACCGUGUUUUAGCUUCACAUAUUGUUUUUAAUUAUUAUUAAUUAUCUACAUAUGAUCUCAACACUGAUACUGGAAUACAACAAAAGUUUAUGAAGUAUAAUCAAUUAGAGGGUAUUUGGAGAUAUAUUUAUAUGGGUUACAGUAAAGAUAUAGAGACAGUUUCAUGUUAUACAUUUGAUACAACAAUAAACGAAAUGAAAAUAGACAAGAUUUUACAUAAACCAUUAACUGAUUAUUUAUUGUUUAGAAUAGGAAAGGAAGAUUCCAUUUUAGGAUUUUAGGGAAGCAUAACAAAAAUAAUGUUAUCACUAGGCCCAGGAUCGUAUAUAAAACAAUAGGAUUAAUUUAAAUCACAAAUAGAAACAACUUUUUCAUUGCCAUUUUAAUUGACCUAAGAAUACACAGAUAAAGAAAAGCAUGGUAAAUUUGAGAUCAUAGAAAAUGUAAAUUAGAUUGAUAUAACUAAUGGGAUUUAAUUUGAAGGGAAUAGAUGGAGUGGUAUUAGUGAAUAUGCUUUUAGUGGAUGGAUUAAGCCAACAGGAGCAGGAAUAACUGAUUGUUAAUUAUUAUUAAGAUUGACUAAUAAUAAUGCUGAAAUUUUGAAUGAUAGAAAAUCAUAAGGAGAUAGAACUUUACAUAUAACUAUUUGUAAUACACAAUUAAUUAAGUAUUCGACUUACACACUUGUCGAUUUGAAGGAUGCAAAUGAACCAAAAUUUCUUGAUGGCCAAUUAGAGUUGAAUGAUUACAAUUAUGCUUGGAAUUAUAUAUAUAUGGGUUACAAUUAGAGAACUAGAGAGGUUCAUUGUUUAUUGCAUACAUUGAUUGAAGAUAAACCAAUAACUUGGGAAUAGGUUUAGCAUUAUGUACCAAAUUAUUUAGGGUUGUACAUUGGAUAAGAUAAGUUUACAAAUAAAUUUAUAGGUUAAAUGAACAAAUGGACAGCGGCAUAUGGAUUAGGAGGAUUUGUUAGUUUAAAGAAAAAUGGAUAUUAACAAUUACUUCCUUAUUAUGGUUUGGUUUAAGCAAAUAAACAAUUUUAAUGGAAUUCAAAUAAGGAUACUGUUUUAUAGACUCCAGAAUUUAUAGUUUAAGAAUUUACUAAUGAAAUAGAUUCAAUAACUGAAUAUGCUGUAGGUAUAUGGACAAGAUGGUUAACAGAUUUUCCAGAUCAUUUAGUAGAGAGAAAGGAUUCACAUUCUAUAUUUAGAUUGACAGCUAAAAGAGAACAUUAAGAUAAAUCUUAAAUUCAAGAUAGAGUGUUAAGUGUAUUUUUAUAAAAGGGAUCAUAUGAUUUUAGUAGUUAUGAUAUUGCUACUAAUAAUUUUGCUGCAAACAGUUUGGCUGCAUAUGAUUAAAUAGAAGGAUCAUGGAAUUUCAUAUAUAUGGGAUAUAAAGAUGGAUAAACAGUUGGUAUAAUAAUAAUAAGAGAUACAGCAAAAGCAUUAAAAGUGGAGUUAGCAACAAAACACAUACCAUUAGUAGGGUAUGCUAAAUUUUUGGUAGGUGUUUCUGAAUUUGGACAUGGUUAAUUUCAUGGUUGGCUUUAUGAUCCUCGUUUAUAUUUAGGAUAAGGUAGUUUUAUUAAUGAAAGUCAGAAAGUAGUAGAUUUACUCUAGAAAAUUCAUCGUAAACUUCCAUUACCUGCAGUUGAUUUAGCUGAUUUUAAAUGGGCUAUACCUUAAAUGGAUACAACUGAAAAUAUUAAGACUGGUUUUAUAGAUUAUAAAUUUAUGGAUAAAUAAGAAUCUGUUGAAUAUUCAUAUGGAAUGUGGAUUUAAUAAUCUCCAUUAUUACCAGGUAUGGCAACCAUUCCUAGAUUGAUAGCUAGACUAUCAACAAAUCAUCCUCAAUUUAUGAAAGAUUAGUAAUUAGGUGAUAGAACAUUACUUGUUAGCAUGUUAAAUGAUAAAUUAAGUUAUAACACAUAUAAAUUACUUGACACUCCAUAAUUUGAAUCAAAAUUGGAAGAAAUCUAAGUUGAACAAUUGUAAUGGACAUAUGUAUUUUUCUAAUAUAAGAAAGGAAAUGCUUUGGCUUAUGCUUUAUAAGUUAAAUAAGCUUAAUAAAAAAAAAUAGAAGCCCUUCAUGUAAUACCAAAUGUGUUCUAUUUUUAUAUUAUUAAAGAUUAAAACUUUGCAGAAUUUUAUGUAUAUUCGUUAUUGAUAAUUUUAGGGUAAAGUUAGUGAUGUGAAAGUCUACUUUGGUUCAAGCAGUUAUUUCGAUGAUCCAUAAGUUACUAUAGAGAAAUGGCCUUUUGAUAAGAAAUACUUAUAGCCUGUCUCUGAACCACCCAUUAAUAAUCAAUAAAUUACCUCAGCAAAAAUAUCUAGAAACAUGGAUAUCAAAAAUGAAAAAUAUAUUGGGGAUUUUUGA